CCUGUCGCCCAGGAGACGAACUCAGCGGCAUCACCGUCCUUCUGAUCUCCACCUGGUAAGAUUUGCUCUUCUGACCGCCUCACUGGAAACCACGGCUGUUUGACGCUUGAAGCGAGGAGAGAUUUUGCGGAGACCAGUGAGGGAGGAGAUUCAAGUGAUUUGGGGAUUCUCUUCAGGGAGAAGUUUUUUCAUCGUCGUCGUCAUGGCUGUCACCAACCAACCAGGCAGAUACGAGCCCUCCGACUUCCAGACGGGUCUGUGCGACUGCUGCGAUGACUGUGGAACCUGUUGCUACGGGUUUUUCUGCUUCCCAUGUCUCGGCUGCUCCAUCGCCAGCGACAUGGACGAGUGCUGCCUGUGCGGCAUCGGCAUGCCGAUCCGCAGCGUCUACAGAACCAGAUACAACAUCAAGGGAUCUCUGUGUAGGGAUUGGUGGGCGGCCGGUUUCUGCCCAGUGUGCGCCACCUGCCAGCUGAAGCGGGACAUCGACCGGAGGAAGCAGCAGGGCAUUUUCUAAACAGACGGGACGUCAUGACGACGGAGAACCCGUAAAGCUCCCCCUGGACUGAUAAGGAGGAGCCUUUCUUCCUCUCUUAAUGAAGAAAUGAUUCCGUUUAUAACAUUUUUUUUUCUUACGUUGUGCCGUUCACCUUUUCCAUCAAUAACCUCGUGAUUCUUUGGUUUUCCUUUAUCCACGAACCUUUGCUCCACAUCGGGAAGCCAUGUUUAUCUCCUGCUAUUAGACCCACCCAAGGGUUAUGAUGUCCUGCGGUCAAUGUUGAAGGAAUGAAACCCAGCGGUCAUUAAAAUAUGCCGCUAAUAGUUUAACAUCAUGUUGCAAAACUCUUGGUUUCCGUCAACACUAGCUUGUAAAACUGUUGUCAUCUUGCACAGGGAGGCUCUUGGAACACGUGAAAACUUGACUUUAGAUUAAAUAGUUUUAAUAAACACUGUUUGGCUAUA